AUGGGGGACAAGUAUGCUACUCUGCGGCGGGCCCAGCUGCAUCUGGAUUUCAUCCAUGCCAACUCCACCACCCACAGUUUCCUCUUUGGAGCGCUGGCUGAAUUGCUGGACAAUGCAAGAGAUGCAGGAGCUGCAAGACUUGAUGUGUUUUCAGUGGAUAAUGAAAAACUGCAGGGUGGAUUCAUGUUGUGCUUCCUGGAUGAUGGAUGUGGUAUGAGCCCUGAGGAAGCCUCAGAUAUCAUUUACUUUGGAACAUCCAAGAAACGGUUAUCACCCUUGAAGUUUAUUGGGCAAUAUGGCAAUGGUCUUAAAAGUGGAUCUAUGAGGAUUGGAAAAGACUUUAUUCUUUUUACAAAGAAGGAAGAAACAAUGACCUGUGUGUUUUUUUCUCAGACAUUCUGUGAAGGAGAAGGUCUGAGUGAGGUUGUGGUUCCAAUGCCUUCAUGGUUAACAAGAACCAGAGAAUCUGUCACAGAUGAUCCUCAGAAAUUCUCAACGGAAUUGUCUAUAAUUUAUAAGUACUCUCCCUUUAAAACUGAAGCUGAAUUAAUGCGGCAGUUUGAUGUAAUCUAUGGCAAAUGUGGUACUUUCCUGGUUAUUUAUAACUUGAAGAUUUUGCUUAAUGGAGAACCAGAGUUGGAUAUUAAAACUGACAAGGAAGAUAUACUGAUAGCCGGAGCUCUUGAGGAUUUCCCAGAGAGAUGGUCAUUCAGAGCCUACACUUCUGUUCUGUAUUUUGACCCUUGGAUGAGAAUAUUUAUUCAGGCCAAAAGAGUUAAAACAAAACACCUUUGUUACUCCCUCUACAGACCCAGAAAGUAUCUGUAUGUCACAUCUUCUUUUAAAGGAGCAUUUAAAAAUGAAGUUAAAAAGGCAGAAGAAGCACUAAAGAUGGCUGAAAUCACGUUGAAAGAUGCACAAAUCAAGGUAAACCAGCCUGACAGAACUUCCUUGUCUUUUCCUGCCCAGGAUGUAUUACAGAAAGCUCUGGAAGAUGUGGAAGCAAAGCAUAAGAUUCUUAAAGAGAAACAGAGAGAAUUAAAGAAAGCAAGGACACUUGCCCUGUUCUUUGGAGUGAACAUAGAAAACCAAAGCCAAGCUGGGAUGUUCAUUUACAGUAAUAACCGCUUGAUCAAGAUGCAUGAGAAAGUGGGCCCGCAGUUGAAAACGAAGUCCUUACUUGGUGCAGGCGUGGUUGGAAUUGUUAACAUACCUUUGGAGAUCAUGGAACCAUCACACAAUAAGCAGGAAUUUCUCAAUGUCCAAGAAUAUAAUCAUCUAUUAAAAGUCAUGGGACAGUUCUUGGUCCAGUACUGUAAGGACACUGGGAUCAGUAAUAGAACUCUAACAUUGUUUUGGAAUGAAUUUGGAUAUCAGAAUAACAAGGACACAGAUAAAUCUUUAGAUUCUCUUCAGUGUCAAAGAAGACAAGUCAUGGCCAUCCCAUUCAUCAUUCAGUGUGAUCUUUGCCUUAAAUGGAGAGUCUUGCCUGUCUCUACUAAUUAUCAGGAAAAAGAACUUGUUGAUAUCUGGAUUUGUGCUAAUAAUCCCAACCUCUUGGAAAACAGUUGUCAGCAGAAAGAACACUUACCUUCCAUUCCUCUGGGCACCAUGAGCACAGUAUCACCAUCAAAAAAUGAGAAAGAUAAGCGACUUCAGGAGUCAGUCCAAAAGUAUCAGAAUCGACUGGCAGAACAGCAGCUACAAUCUCAGUUUACACCAACAAGCAGAGUUGCUGAGUUCACUCCCAUCUGCCAAACUUCAGCACCUAAGGAAAAUACAAAAAAUCAGAAAAUCAGGCCUUCAGGUAACAACUUCAAGUAUGAGUCUCUGGCGUCCUUUGAGCUUUCGGUCAGCCAGAGAGGCGUGAAAAGAAACCCCGAAGGGACAGACCUGGAUGUAGAGUACAUUUCAGAGGCUAAAAUGGUGAAGUCUACACAGAAGAAAGUGAAACCACAGCAAAGACAUCCGGCAGCCCUGCCAGGAGAUGUCAGACUUGCUGAGAGAUCCCAGGCCUCUUCUUGGGAGAUGAAAUGGAAGCAGAAUCAGAAUUUUGUGCAGGAGGACUGUAAGGCUGUGAUUGAAGUUGAAACCGGCAACAGUGAUCCAGAUAAAAUCCUGAUUUUAAAUCAAAGUGACAAUGUUUUAUUGAAACAAGAAGAAAAGGAAGAUUCUCUUAUGAAAAGAGAAAAACAGGAGCUGUGCAGCAAUACUACAGAAAUAAAAAAAGCCUCUUCAUUACCUAACUGGAAAAGUGUACCAGUGGAAGAUUUAAAUCCAAGUUUUGGACACAAAGCCAGAGUUUCUGUAAGUGGUGGCUGUGGAGUUGCUUCUUCGCUGACAAAGUCUUAUCAAAACACAUCUGUCAAGGAAACAGUAAGAAAACUGACAUCUAAUUUAUGGGAGAUUAUGCUGUAUUUCUUUCCAGAGUAUCAGCCACCAUCGGAAUUGGGCUAUUCAUCUGUGGAGGAAUUUGUAGCAAGUUUGGAGCUGGAGCAAUGCCCAGAGCAGACAAACAGAAAACUGAAAAUGUGUUUCAAACAGAUCCAGAAUGUUUACAUGGUCCAAUAUGAGGAAAAACUGAAGAGAAAAAUGCAGUCUGUUAUCUAUGAUACUAAUAGAAGAGGAGUGAUUAAUGAAAUAUCUCUGGUGCAAUGUGAACAAAAGAGGAAAGUUACUGAAGAUAAACUGAAUAAUCUUCGCGUAAAACUGGCAGCAGUGUUGCAAAAAUUUCAGCUGGGAGGACCAGUAGGAGACCUGGAACAGAUUGACUGUUAUUUAGAAGCUUUGCUUAAAGAAGAUAAUCUCCUUUUGGGGAGCACUUUAAAUAAAGGAACUGUAGAUACAGAACAUAGUCUCCCUUUAGAGACAAAAUAA